AACCUGCCCCGCUGCCGUCUCUUAGCAACCGGGGGGACCAGCGGCCCCGGCGCGCACCGACCGCCGCGGGGCCCGACGGCUCUGGGGGCCUGGGCGGUGGCGCGGGCCGCGCUCCCGUGCUCCCCUCCACCCCAACCCCGCGACGUGGAGAAGUGGCCUCAACGGCAGCUUGGGCCGGCGGCGGGCAGCGCCCACCUGGCGGUGCGCGACGGGGUCGGGCGGGGGGCGGCAGCCGGGGAAGGCGGGGACCGCCGCCGGGCGGUUGUUCCCCUGAGGUUGGUGCGGAACCGCCGCCGCUGCCUGCCGCUGGCCCAAGUGCCUCCCCUCGGCCGGGCGGCGGGGCGCCCCUUGAGCGCCGGGCUGGAGGCGGAGGAGGGAGCAACUCUCCGCGCUUGGCCGGGGCCCCGCCGCCACCGCUGCCGCCGGGCAGCCGCCUCUCGCGGGGCAAGGAGGCGCAGCGGGCGCUGCCCCUGAGAUGCGGCGCCCCGCGCCCGCCCCGCCGCCGCCGGCUGCCCUACCUGUGCCGGGCCCGCCGCCGCCCCUCCCCCGGCCCCGCCGCCGCCCCCGCGGGGGCCGGGACUGAGCGCGCCGCGGCGCCGAGACGCGGCCCCGAGGAGAGGGCGAGGGAGCGGUGCCGGCCGCGGCGCAUGAUGUGGGUGCCGCUGCUGGCGUGCCUCACAGCGGGGAUCAUCUCCGUGCCCAAGUGCCAGCGCGGCCCCGGACCCCUCCUGGGGGCGGCCCGGCUGCUGGCGGCCGUGCCGGGACUCUGCCAGCGCCCGGAAAACAGAUGUGCCACUUCAAAUGCAGUAACAUGCACAAAGUGUCUUGCUUUGGGUCCAGAGUGUGGAUGGUGUGCUCAAGAGGAUUUCAUGGCCGACGCAACACAGAAGGGACGCUGUGACACUGUUUUCAAUUUAAUGAAAAGAGGCUGCCAAUCAGAUUUUGUAGAAAAUCCCACAGUUCAUGUCACAAUACCCAGUGACCAUGAAACAAAUACACAAGUGACACCAGGAAAAGUUUCAGUUCAACUGCGUCCAGGAAGUGAAGCAAACUUUAUGUUAAAAGUUCGUCCCCUAGAGAAAUACCCUGUGGAUCUUUAUUAUUUAGUUGAUGUCUCAGCUUCUAUGCACAACAAUAUAGAAAAACUAAAUUCCGUUGGAUCUGCUUUAUCUAAAAAGAUGGAGAAUAUUUCUCUUGAUUUUCGACUUGGAUUUGGAUCUUAUGUGGAUAAAACUGUGUCGCCCUAUAUUAGCAUUCAUCCCGGUAGAAUCCAUAACCAAUGCAGUGAUUAUAAUUUAGAUUGUAUGCCUCCUCAUGGUUAUAUUCACGUGCUAUCCCUGACUGACAAUAUAGCGGAAUUCAGAAAUGCAGUGAAUAAACAAAAAAUUUCUGGGAAUAUUGAUACACCUGAAGGGGGUUUUGAUGCCAUGCUCCAAGCAGCUGUGUGCCAGAGCCAUAUUGGAUGGCGUAAAGAAGCAAAGCGACUGCUGCUUGUGAUGACUGAUCAAACUUCCCAUCUGGCCCUUGACAGUAAAUUAGCAGGGAUUGUAAUUCCCCAUGACGGAAACUGUCAUUUGAAAGAUAAUGUAUACAUCAAAGCUACGAGUAUGGAGCAUCCAUCUCUUGGGCAGCUCUCCGAAAAAUUGAUUGACAAUAACAUCAAUGUUAUUUUUGCAGUUCAAGGAAGCCAGUUCCAUUGGUAUAAAGAUCUAUUACCACUGUUGCCUGGUACUGUUGCAAGACAGAUAGAAUCACAAGCAGCAAAUCUCAAUGAUUUGGUGGUAGAAGCCUAUCAGAAACUAAUCUCUGAAGUGAAAAUUCAAGUGGAUAACCAAAUCCAAGGUCUUCAUUUCAAUAUCACUGCAAUCUGUCCUGAUGGAAGUAAAAAAAUUGGCAUGGAAGGAUGUAAAAAUGUGGGAUAUAAUGAAGAAGUGCUUUUCAAUGUGUCAAUUACAAUGAAAGGAUGUGAUACAUCUGGAGGGAGAAAAUAUGCAGUACUUAAGCCCAUUGGUUUCAAUGAAACCGCCAUCAUUAACGUGCAGAAAAGCUGUGGCUCUCAGUAUGGAGACAGUGCAAGGCAAAAAAGAGUAUGGGCUGAUGAAACUUCUUCUGAUGGCAAACAGUCCCAUUGCAGUGACAGUAACUGUAGCUCUAAUAGAGAUGUGGUUCCUUCUGAGAGGUGCAGACAACACCAGGACCAGCCCAUCUGCAGCGGUCAAGGAAAUUGCAUAGAUGGAAAAUGUUUCUGCUACAAAAACAAGCUAGGCAAGGUGUAUGGCAAGUACUGUGAAAUGGAUGAUUUUUCCUGCCCUUAUCACCAGGGAAACUUAUGUUCUGGUAAUGGUGAAUGUGAAGCUGGUAAAUGCAAAUGCUUUGCUGGCUGGGAAGGUGACCGUUGCCAGUGCUCAUUACAAUCAGCAAAGCACUGCCUGAAUUCAAAGGGCCAGAUUUGCAGUGGAAGAGGAAAAUGUGUAUGUGGAAAGUGUGAGUGCACAGAUCCAAGAAGUUUUGGCCGUUUCUGUGAAUAUUGCCCUACUUGUAACAAAGCCUGUGAAGAAAACUGGAAUUGUGUUCAGUGCCAUCAUUCUAACAAUGCAUCUCAAGCAAAACUUGACCAGUGCACAACCUCAUGCGCUUACCUGGUGCAUUAUAUUGACCAAACUUCAGAAUGUUUCUCUGGACAAAGCUACUUUAGAGUCUUUUCCAUAAUCUUUAUAGUUACGUUUCUGAUCGGGUUGCUUGUUGUCCUUAUCAUCAGGCAAAUAAUUCUGCAGGGGAGUAGCAAUAAAGUUAAAUCUUCAGCUGAUUACAGAGUAUCUGCAACAAAGAAGGAUAAGAUGUUUUUGCCUACUGUUUGUACAAGAACAGUAACAUACAGACGUGACAAACCAGAGGAAAUAAAUAUCGACAUCAGCAAGUUACGAUUAAACGAAACUUUCAAGUGUGAAUUCUGAAGACUGUGUGUUUCCUGCAAAUGCCUAUUUCCAUCAUGCUUGACUUCUUCAAAGUUACCUUUUGCACUCCGUCAGAGUCUUGACUGUUGCCGUAUGGUUUUGUGUCAUUUGUUUUGUUCAAUACUGUAACAAAGUGACACGUAAUCACAUUCACGUAAUGUGACUGUGUUUUAAAUGAUAGCUGCUGUAUUUUUUAUUUUUUUUUUUUGAAAGAGAAAUGUGCGUUACUACUGUUCAGGAACAUUAGUGUUGAUGUAGCACUUUAGCAUAUUCUAAUUUAUUUAGUAAUGGCCUAGAAUGUAGAUAUGAACUGGUCUGACAAAGCACUGAUCUCACUCUACAUGUAGCUAGUACUGAUGUGCUCUGUGGGAAUGGACAAAAGCUGUGACUGAAAUAUUAACAUUGCUGUAUAUUAUAGCAAUAAACUAUUCAAAUGCUCUUAAAUAGAGUAAAUGGUACUUUUAUAGUUUUCCCAGUUGACAAAUUGCACUGAUUUGUCUGCUUUAGCCUCUUAGACUUUCCUCAUUUCUUAAUAAAAAUGACUGGAUUAAAUGAGUGCUUAGUUACUAGUGUGGGUGUAUAGUUGUAUGUGUAAACAGACACACAUGCACAUACACACACAGGUAAAUUAUAUAUAUAUAUAGUCAUAUGUAUGAUAUCACUUAAAGAUAAUUUAUAUCUGAUCAAGAGUAAUGUUUAACUUUUUUACUCAUUUCAACAUAAAAACUUUUAUACAAAUUUUAAAGGUAUUUGGAAACUGAGUGGCUACAGAAAACGAGAGAUUUCUUCUGUCCAACAGCAUAGUCACGAUCACUGCCAGCUGACUUCACCUUCUGAGUCAGCAGCAUCAACUUCAUUGCAAGUAGAUAAAUUACACCAGAGCUGUGUUUGGUUUGCUAGCUACAUGUCAGUGUUUUGCCAAAUAGAGGCUUUGUGGUUUUUUUGUAUAAUAUCAGACAUGAGAGGCAUACUCUUUUUUCUAUGUAAGUUAAUUGUCAGGAUUAGUUUUUGUGAAUUCUUAGAUAACCACUUCAAUUUCUGUGACUGUGCAUUGAGAAAUGUGUCUUGUGUGAUGUCAAAAAGAACCUGCAGAUUGGAAGAUGAGGAAAACAGGAGCCUCUUUCUCAAGAGAACACAUUAAUUGACUUUAUAAAUUUGCGAUCAAAUUCUGCCUUCGAAAUGGGCAAAUUUCUUCUAAACACAGUGGGACCAAUAUAAGCUUAUCUGAGGGCAGAAUCUGAGCUACAAGUUCAAUCAGAAGCAUUUUCUUACCCCUGAAACUGGCUACAGUGGUAGAAGAUGUUAUUGUUCUAUGCUUGUCAGAAGAGUCAGCCAACAGACUGAUUUACUAACUUGAUGCUGCCAAAACCCUACAAAAAUCUGAUCAAAUUUUAAUGCACUAAAAUCUUGCUGGCAAAAAGAAAAAUCAUCUCAGAAGACAUUAUACAAUCUGUAAUUUUAGCAUCAUUACUGAUACUAAAUAUUGGUCUGUACUUGUCAUCGAUAAGAGUUACAGAAACAAAGCGGGGCCUCUUUAUAUGCACUUUUUAGAGACUAUUUCCUAUUCUGUCUUCCUUCUUUAAAUUCCCACUGAAAUCUGAGUAGUAUCCAUGUGAAAGGAGGGCAGGAUGCAGAACAAAUGAUAAGUGUUGUGUGAGUAUUCACCAUUUCUUGGGUCAUGGAUCAAGUAGGAUUGAGAAAAAUCAUGUAGAGACAAUAAGCCUUCCAUAAAACUGUCAAAAAACCUUCUGAUUUUAGGGUUGCUUUUUUUUUUUUAAUGUAAACUGGACUAUUAAGUUUUUAAAGCAGUCUUCAAAGUAGUCCCUGGACUUUUCACUGUAAAGGUAAAAGUGCCUUAUUUAGAGAAAAGGGGGUUGCCUUACACUGAACCUGAUUUCAGUGAUAGCUUAAUUGUAAUAUAUUAAUUAUAGAUUAAUUCUGUAUUCUCUCAAGUAUGCCUUAAACUUUCAUUUUCUUUUAAAACACGUAGAACCAUUUUCCUCCUGUGUAAAUUAGCAGAUUCCAAACAAUUGGUUUCAGUAGGAUAAAGAGAAAAGAUUGAUAAUGGCUUACAUGUUAUUGUCCUAGUCACAAUUCAUUAAUAUUUUUGAGUAGGAAACAAAGUCUCUGGUUAUCUGUUGCACUCAACAAAACAAAACAGAAAAAAAAAAUAAAAGCUCAGCGGAGAAUAUCUGAGUAUAUAACAAAAGGUGUGAUUAUGUUUUUAAACAGUGUGGUAAUUUUUCUUAACAAACAAUAUUCCUCAGAAUGUAUUUGCCAUAAUGACCUUUAAAGCAUUUACUAAAGUGAUAACUAAUGUUUUUUUUUAUUUAGAAGUUACUUUUUGCUGUUAGAGGGACUUAAAAUAUGUGGCUAGAGGACAAUGGAGCUGAGUUCUUUGUGGAAGAAAGAUUUGAGCUGUAACACUCAUCUUCCAGACACAUGACACCGCUACUGCAUUUCUUCUGUAGCACUUGUUGAUUUUGCAGUACUGCCCAUGAAGGGGCACAGCCAGUAUUUCCUUAUCGGACACCUGCCCGAAUGUUUAAUAUGCUCUGGUCAAAUAGAGCAGGCUCACAGGACAAAUUGCACUGUAAGCUGCUUGCUCUGCUGAGGUUAAAAACAAGUAUAUUAAAAGAAAAAAAAAAAAAGAAAAAAAAAAUUUUGAGGGGAAAAAAAACGUAAUAAAAAAAAGCUUUUCUUGCUUCUCCCUCAUGGCUUUGCUGUAUUGUGGAGAAGCCCAGUGAAAAAGAAUAAGCUGCUGCUAAUGUGACAGGUCAAGGCUUUUAGAAGGCCCGUGGGGAGCUUAUACAGAGCAGGAUCCUUGGGAGGAGGCUUUGUUUCUAGGGAUGGAAUCUAUCCAUGAGAAACUCUGGCUUUGCUUGGUACUUGUUUCUCUCUGCCUUUGACCAUGUUUUUCAGAAGAGCUGCUGCAGGAGAUGAAUAGCCCAACAAAAGCCUCACUAUUUAGGGAGCUGUGUUCCCUCAGCACAUGACCUUAAAUGAGAAAGCAGCCUGUAAUUCACAAGGCAUUUCCUCAGUGAUUGCAGAAGGACUCUGCUUCCUAUAGUGCUUAAUGUGGGAGAUAUUAAAGACGAAUUAGUUCAUAUUAGUUUUCAAUGUAUUGUGCGUCAAAGAUGCUCGUAAAAAUAGGGUGAAAAUAUCUUGCCUCAGAAUAGAACAUUCCAAAUUUCUUAAAUAAAACUUCUUAUACUGGGCUGCUUCAGAAAAUUUAAAAAAAAAAAAAAAAAGAGUGAAAUAAUUUGACUGCAUGCCUAUACCCAGAAAUACAAUGGCAGAUACUGUUGCAUCUCAUAAUUUGGUUUGGGAGUUGUUUUUAGAUUUGCUCCCACAAACAGAGCAUGCGCAUGACUUUUUGCAGCAGAUUUUAAUGUCAAUAUAUAUAUAAUUUUCAAAUUCUAAUCCCAUUUUUUUAGCCUUUAACUGGUUAUUUGUCUAACAUUUCAGAAACCACAUAUUUAUGCAAUUAAAAAGCAUGCAUUUUACUUCAGAUGUUUUUUAUAAACUCUGAAAUGAAUAAAUACCAUGAAUUGAUUAUUUUCAAGCAUCAUAAGUACAUUAACAGCAUUGCUACAGAAGUGUGUGGGAAAAUAGCUGUUUCAUCCAGAAAACGUGCACAUGGUAUGCGAGGAAUUUUCAUUGUGCCCAGCUGAAAUUCCCUUUCGUUCACAAGGAAUGUUGAAAGUGAACCUUCGAAAGGAAGGACGUUUGUAUAGGCAUAGUUUACAUUUUAUCCAUUAUUUUCAACUGGAUUUAUUUUUUCCUCUCUAUGGUGUCAUGAAAACCUGCUAUGUAAAGUAUUCUUCAGGCUGAAGAAGAAAAAAUUAUUUUCCCAGUCUGGUCAUAUAUAAUAUCUAUUUCCUGCUUAGCGUGCAUACCUAAGUGUACAUGUGCUGCAAACCAUGGGACUGAACAUGUGAAGCAGCUCCAAGCAACCCUUAGUCCUAAAGUAGCCCUAAGACCCAGUGAUGCCCCAGGCAGAGCAAGGCAAGGGCACCACCUCCUGUGCAGGGACUUGAAGAGGGAAGGCAUCCUCAGCAGGCGCAACACAUCCUACAAUUCCAAAGAGCAUCCCUCUGGAGAUGGUGCUCUGAGACCUCACUUCUCUGUUUGUCAGGGCAGAAUGCCUCUUCAGAGUAGGUCAGCUUGGCAGAGGUGGUGCGGUUUGUGUCCUAAGUGCUUGGUCACACGUUAGAACUGCGUUAUGUGCAGUCCACAACCACCAGCACUGCAGUUUUUUCACAGCUUUUCUCAUCAAAAAAUGCAGGUAACAUAGAAGGGAACACUUGUGCCAAUGCAUACUGUAAACCUGGAUGCUGCAGACUUCCAUUAAAGCUUCUGGCAAGUCUUUGGGCAUCUGCCCAUUGACUUCCCACCAGCCCCAGGAUCUCUACCAGCCAGCCUCAAGGAAUGUCAGCCGUAGCUGGGAAAUGGCAAUAAUCACAGAGGCAUUUGUGCUGAGUCAGCGCUGGGUGACACUCAAUCUGCUCUGUCUGUGGGUGUGGUGCCAGUGUUCUGGUUGUCCAUUCGCAAAAGAGGGGAAAGAUUUAUUUGCUAAGGAGAAACAGAGCGGUAGUUAAGGAGAACACUACUUUUUAAUGAUGAUCUUGACACUGCACAGACAUCUCAUGGAUCUUACAGAGAAUUGAAAUUCAGGCGGAGGGAAAAAAGGUUAACAUUAGCCAGCGUGAAUGCAUUUCUAUGGUGAGCCAAAUCAGUGGGGUUUCACUGAGUGCAAGCCAGCUCAGAAUGGUUGGCCUUUCUGGGGCGGAGUUGGGGGAAGAAAAAGAAAAAACCUAAAAUUCUUAAAAUAAUUAGAUUCUUAAGCUUCAGAAAUGCUGCUCUGGAUUGCAUGUUCUCUUUGUUUCCUUUUCUAUAUACGCUCUUAAAAAAAGGUACCUACUUAUUUAAAAACAAAUACUGGCAUUUGUUAAAAUAAUGGCUUUUACCCAAAUCCUAACAUUUCAUCCUAUAUUGUGUUUGGGCUGUUUCAGUUUUGUUUUGAAGGGGGAUGUUGAAAGGUGGAAGAUUCUUUUGGGAAGACAUUAGUGUUGGACUAAUUCACUGUGCUAACCCCUUCUUCACUUUUACCUACUACUGCUUUAAAAAGUAAAGCUACUUUACUUGUCUUAUUUAGCAAUGGUGUGACAGCUAUUAAUAAUAAUACAGUUUUUAACUUUCUAUUUAACAUAUAUUAUGUUUUGUAAAAAAAGGUAUAUACAGAUAAAUAAUGUUUCUCUAGAUUUUAUGCAUAGAGACUGUUAGUAAGGGAAGAGGUUUUAAAUAAAUUUGUAACUUCUUACUGUUCAUUUUACAUGAUACUUUUAAAUCACUACUUUUGUUUGUCUAGAAAUAUACUGAAUAUUUUAUUAUUUAAAAUAGUAUACUUUUAUAGCUGUUUAUUAAUUUCAGUUGACCACUAACUUCUAUUUUGCUAUUUAUUAAUGAGUUGACACUGUAGUAUAUUGAGAUGUUUAUUUUUCUAUCAGAGCUGUAACAACUAUGACAUAGCAUUAUUUUAAUGCAACAUCAUUGUACUUGCUCUCUAAAAAUAAAAUCAAUGUUUAAUCCA